AGAUUUCUCGUGUAUGUCAGACGAUGAGUGGGGAGAUUUAUUAGAUAAUUUAGACACCGAACCACCCCAGCCAGCACCACCACCUCCCCCCAAUUUGCCGGGAAAUUCGAAAAAUUCGCGGCCGAAAAGUAGUGGACUAGAUUUUUUAUUGGACUCUGACUUGGAUAAGGAACCGCAGGCACCUAAAACUGUAAAUUUUGCAACAAACCGGGAAGAAAAUACAUCUGAAAUGAGAGCGGCUGGUCGUUCUACAAAUGCUCUCAGCGACCUAUUUGGCACAAGCACGGGCUCUGGGCUUGGAGCAUCAGGUGCGGCGUCGGCUCCACGGAGACCCGCAGGCGCCUCCACCCUCGACGACCUUUUUGGCACGGCGCCAAGAGCUGCUACAGUAACCCCAGGGGUUACUGUAGCCGCUCCGGCGGCUUCACAGCCAACGGCUACUGCUCCACCACCGGAUAAUUUUGAUGCGGGAAGGAUUUUGAGACUAGAAGCCGAGCUAGAACGUGUAAACCGUGAGCUUGAAGACACAAAACGCAAGAAACGAGAAGACGAGGAAGAUUUGGAGAAUUUCUGGAAAACCAAGCUGGAAAUCCAGUCAAAAGACUCGGAAAAGGCACUGGAAGACUCAAAAACUGCACAAAGAGCACAAAUUUCAAAGCUUCAAGAUGAGCAUCACGUGGAGCUCGAAAGGCUUAAAGCCAAUUACGAUAGGCAGCUAGAGAAUGUGACGUCAUCGACGAGUCAGGUUGGGGAUCUAGUGGCAGUGGUGGGGAAAGUGGAUACAAUUUCUACGAAUAUUGAUAAAAUUGCGGCGGAUGUGGUAGCAAGCACCAAUAAAGUGAGCUCGGAGCAAAGCGCUCUUUUCCACUUGCAAGAGGAACUGCUGAAAAUUCGAGAGACAAAGCUCUCCGAGGAUGUGGCGGCUCUGAAGCUUGAGCAACUGAAAGUUCAUGAGCUUAACCUAAGCUUGAAGGAUUUGGUCAAAAAUCAACAGGAUGAAAAUGAACAAGAAAAAUGGAGGACAAAAGAGGAGUGGAACCGUCUGAAAAUUGAACGUCAAAUUUUCAAGGAAAAUCAAGACCGAGUCAUUGAAAAUGUGCAGAGAGAGAAGCUGGACCUGGCUAAUAAAUUGAAAUUCUACCACAAAGAUCAAACCGAGCUGCUUUUCCGGCUGAGCAGUGAACGGGAGCUUUUGGAGCAGGAGAAGAGCGAAUUCUUUGCAAAACGGGACCAGGACAUCAAGAGAAUCAAAGCAGAAGCCUACGAGCUGGAUCUGAAAUCUCAGCAAAUUUCUACGGCUGACCAACAUGUGACGGAGAUGAAGCUGGUGACAGAGGCCAAGUACAGACAGCUUCAACACCUCGAGACCCUGCUCACCGCCGAAUGCUCGGAAAUCGAAAGAAUCCGAAAUGAGCAAAAAAUCGGUGGAAACGUGGAUUCGGGCCGGGACGCACGAAGAAUAAGCCGUGAGGAGGAGCUGUUUGGUUCGAAUAAUUCCAAUCAAAAUAGUCAUCGACAUCGAUCGGAAAGUGUUCGGGCUUCACUCAAAAAACACUAUGAAAAUUUGGAAAAAUACGCCGGGCAGAAGGUUGCUCAUGUUGCGCCGCAGAAUAAUUGAGUGAUUAUCGAGUUUUUGGUGGAAAUAUCGAUUUUUUAAAGAAUUAUUGAUUUUUGAUUUUUUACGACUACAAUUGUGAUAAAAAAUGUAGAAUAUUGUAAUGUUUUGAAAUAAUAAAUUUAUUAUCGAUUUUUUUU